UUGACAUCGGUAUGGAAAGCCCUAGAUCCCACUAAAAAGCUUACCCGUCUCCGUCCGGCCGUAAAUCCUGGAUAGUGGUGGAGUUGACGGACGCGGGAGGAGGUUAAGGCUGGGGUUCCAUCAUCCAUGUGUAGCUUUUUUUCUGGCGCUGCAAACGGAUGAAGCGGGAUACUAUGCCACGAGACCUGUUGCGACGCUUCGCAACGCCGUCUCUGGCUCCGCCGGGAUCAGGGACAUGGAAAGAUCUCACGAACCGGCGCCGGGGGCGAACGAGUCAUUUUUCACCAAACAAAACGAUACCAUCGCCGAACCAUCGUGGCCCCAUCACGAUCGUUUCCUCUCUCUCCCCGCAUACUCUCGGGCCCAUGACAUGUUCUCUCACCCUAGACGCCGCUAGUGUUAACAUCACGCGUUUCUCACACCGCGGGAAAGCCAAGACACAACGGAUGCGAACACCCAUCAAGGGAUCGUGGCCAAAGGGGGAAAGCAACAAUAACAUACAAUCGACAUGCCUUUCACAACAAAGUGUAAACUUUCCCACACCUGUCGUUGCUUGGGCUUAUUGCUUGCGCUCAAACCCAUGCCAAGCCAAACUCCAUCACCCUCCCAAAUCUACAAACACGCGACUUCGGCGCCUUCCGCGACGAACGCGUGCUUGCAAGAAAGCAAAAGCGUCUGCCACCAUCCACAACUCAAUCCAUCUCAUAAUCCCAUCCCACCACCUCUCACUCCCAGCAAAAGAAGAGACAGAGUUUGGAUACCUUCACUCCGUGGCACACCAACAGUCGGAUAUGACCACGCCGUCACGGCGUGGUCCUAGCGAAGAGCAAAGGGUGCACCAUGACUCGUCUCGUCAUGGUGGCCCAAACUCUUCUUUUCGACGCGCGCACGGGAAAAAGGGACCCUGCCAUUCAAUACAUUUGUGCCAGAGUUCACCUCGACCGUGAUGGUUCCUGGAAGUCAAUCACGGCCCUUGAUGGCAGAUGACGACCUGUUGUCAACACCACAGGACGCCGUGCGCGUAAGGAUUCCGCUGUUUAUUAACGGUCUGGUUAUCGGCCAUAAUUGUGGAAAUCCCGCUGCUUGAUGACUCAAAUGAGGCUCUCAGACUCGUGGCC